UGCUGAGGCUCCCUGCCCCGUGAUGCUGGCCACUGCAGGACCGGAGUUCUUCCGCCCAAGGCCCUGGCCCACCAUGCCGCUGCCAUCUCUGAGCCUGAGGACUCUGCUGAUGCUGCUGUUGCUGCUGCUGGGGGGCAUACGUGCCACUGCAGGCUUGUCACAGGCUGGUGGGGGUCUACAGCCCCCCUUCCGCACCUUUCCGGCCAGCGACUGGGGCCUCACUCACCUUGUGGUCCAUGAGCAGACAGGCGAGGUGUAUGUGGGUGCCGUGAACCGCAUCUACAAGCUGUCGGGGAAUCUGACGCUGCUUCGGGCCCAUGUGACUGGCCCUGUGGAGGACAACGAGAAAUGCUACCCACCUCCCAGUGUGCAGUCAUGCCCACACGGCCUGGGCAGCACAGACAACGUCAACAAGCUGCUACUGCUAGACUAUGCCGCCAACCGCCUGCUGGCCUGUGGCAGCGCCUCACAGGGCAUCUGCCAGUUUCUGCGGCUGGACGACCUCUUCAAGCUGGGUGAGCCACACCACCGCAAGGAGCACUACCUGUCCAGUGUGCGUGAGGCAAGUAGUAUGGCAGGUGUGCUCAUUGCUGGGCCACCUGGCCAGGGCCAGGCCAAGCUCUUUGUGGGCACACCUAUCGAUGGCAAGUCUGAAUACUUCCCCACACUGUCCAGCCGCCGGCUUAUGGCCAAUGAGGAGGACGCUGACAUGUUUGGCUUCGUGUACCAAGAUGAGUUUGUAUCCUCCCAGCUUAAGAUUCCAUCGGACACAUUGUCCAAGUUCCCAGCCUUCGACAUCUACUACGUGUACAGCUUCCGCAGCGAGCAGUUCGUCUACUACCUCACGCUGCAACUAGACACGCAGCUCACCUCACCUGAUGCCGCUGGGGAACACUUCUUCACCUCCAAGAUUGUGCGUCUCUGUGUGGAUGAUCCCAAGUUCUACUCAUACGUGGAGUUCCCCAUUGGCUGCGAGCAGGCCGGGGUGGAGUACCGCCUGGUGCAGGAUGCCUACCUGAGCCGGCCUGGCCGUGCCCUGGCCCACCAGCUUGGUCUGGCAGAGGAUGAGGAUGUGCUGUUCACUGUGUUCGCCCAGGGCCAGAAGAACCGUGUGAAGCCGCCCAAGGAGUCAGCACUGUGCCUGUUUACCCUGCGGGCCAUCAAGGAGAAGAUCAAGGAGCGCAUCCAGUCCUGCUACCGUGGUGAGGGCAAGCUCUCUCUGCCCUGGCUGCUCAACAAGGAGCUGGGCUGCAUCAACUCGCCCCUGCAGAUUGACGACGACUUUUGUGGGCAAGACUUCAACCAGCCGCUGGGGGGCACGGUCACCAUUGAAGGCACACCCCUUUUUGUGGACAAGGAUGAUGGCCUGACUGCUGUGGCUGCCUAUGACUACCGAGGCCGAACUGUGGUAUUUGCUGGCACACGCAGUGGACACAUUCGCAAGAUCCUGGUGGACCUCACGAGCCCCAGUGGCCGACCAGCCCUCGCAUAUGAGAGCGUGGUAGCCCAGGAGGGCAGCCCCAUCCUGCGUGACCUUGUCCUCAGCCCCAACCACCAGUACCUCUAUGCCAUGACAGAGAAGCAGGUGACGCGAGUACCUGUGGAAAGCUGUGUGCAGUACACGUCCUGUGAGCUGUGUUUGGGGUCUCGGGACCCCCACUGUGGCUGGUGUGUCCUGCACAGCGUCUGCUCCAGGCAGGACGCCUGCGAGCGGGCAGAGGAGCCCCAGCGUUUCGCCUCUGACCUGCUGCAGUGUGUGCAGCUGACUGUGCAGCCACGCAAUGUGUCAGUCACCAUGUCCCAGGUGCCGCUCGUGCUGCAAGCAUGGAAUGUACCAGACCUCUCAGCUGGCGUCAACUGUUCCUUCGAGGACUUCACGGAGACUGAGAGCAUCUUGGAAGAUGGGCGCAUCCACUGUCUCUCACCCUCUGCCCGAGAAGUAGCGCCCAUUACACAGGGCCAGGGAGAUCAGCGAGUGGUGAAGCUCUACCUCAAGUCCAAGGAGACAGGGAAGAAGUUUGCGUCCGUGGACUUUGUCUUCUACAACUGCAGCGUGCACCAGUCCUGUCUGGCUUGUGUUAAUGGCUCCUUCCCCUGCCACUGGUGCAAAUACCGCCAUGUGUGCACAAACAAUGCUGCGGAGUGUGCUUUUCUGGAGGGCCGUGUCAAUGUGUCUGAGGAUUGUCCACAGAUCCUGCCCUCCACCCACAUCUACGUGCCUGUGGGUGUGGUGAAGCCUAUCACCUUGGCUGCACGGAACCUGCCACAGCCACAGUCAGGCCAGCGUGGGUAUGAGUGCCUUUUCCACAUCCCUGGCAAUCCAGCCCGUGUUACCGCCCUGCGUUUCAACAGCUCCAGUUUGCAGUGCCAGAACUCCUCGCAGUACUCCUAUGAGGGAAAUGAUGUCAGUGAUCUGCCCGUGAACUUGUCAGUUGUGUGGAAUGGCAACUUUGUCAUCGACAACCCCCAGAACAUCCAGGCCCAUCUGUACAAGUGCCCAGCCCUGCGCCAGAGCUGUGGCCUGUGCCUCAAGGCUGACCCACGCUUUGAGUGCGGCUGGUGUGUAGCUGAGCGCCGCUGCUCCCUGCGCCACCACUGUCCAGCUGACAUACCCACCGCAUGGAUGCACGCCCGCCAUGGCAGCAGCCGCUGCACGGACCCCAAGAUCCUCAAGCUGUUUCCUGAGACUGGCCCCCGUCAGGGAGGGACUCGGCUGACCAUUACUGGUGAGAACCUGGGCCUGCGGUUCGAGGAUGUGCGGCUGGGAGUGCGUGUGGGCAAGGUGCUAUGCAGCCCUGUGGAGAGCGAGUACAUCAGCGCAGAGCAGAUUGUCUGUGAAAUUGGGGAUGCCAGCACAUUGCGGGCCCACGAUGCCCUGGUGGAGGUGUGUGUGCGGGACUGCUCCCCGCACUACCGUGCCCUGUCACCUAAGCGCUUCACCUUCGUGACACCAACCUUCUACCGCGUAAGCCCCUCCCGUGGGCCUCUGUCUGGGGGCACCUGGAUUGGCAUCGAGGGAAGCCAUCUGAAUGCGGGCAGUGACGUGGCAGUGUCCAUUGGCGGCCGGCCUUGCUCCUUCUCAUGGAGGAACUCCCGUGAGAUCCGUUGCCUAACACCCCCUGGGCAGAGCCCUGGCAGUGCCCCCAUUGUCAUUAACAUCAACCGUGCCCAGCUCUCCAACCCUGAGGUGAAGUACAACUACACUGAGGAUCCCACCAUCCUGAGGAUUGACCCUGAGUGGAGCAUCAACAGUGGUGGGACCCUCCUAACCGUCACGGGCACCAAUUUGGCCACCGUCCGUGAACCCCAAAUCCGAGCCAAGUAUGGAGGCGUUGAGAGAGUGAAUAGCUGCAUGGUGUACAACGACACUACCAUGGUUUGCCGGGCACCGCCAGUAGACAACCCCACGCGCAGCCCACCGGAGAUGGGGGAACGGCCUGAUGAGCUGGGUUUCAUCAUGGACAAUGUGCGCACACUGUUGGUGCUCAACAGUUCCUCCUUCGUCUACUACCCCGACCCUGUGCUGGAGCCACUCAGCCCUACUGGGCUGUUAGAACUGAAGCCUAGCUCCCCGCUCAUCCUCAAGGGCCGGAACCUCCUGCCACCUGCACCUGGCAACUCGCGACUCAACUACACGGUGCUUAUUGGCUCUACACCGUGUAUCCUUACCGUGUCUGAGACACAGCUGUUAUGUGAGGCACCCAACCUCACAGGACAGCACAAGGUCACGGUGCGGGCAGGUGGCUUCGAGUUCUCUCCGGGAAUGCUGCAGGUCUAUUCAGACAGCCUGCUGACACUGCCGGCCAUCGUGGGCAUCGGUGGGGGUGGUGGCCUCCUCCUGCUGGUCAUCGUGGCUGUGCUCAUCGCCUAUAAGCGCAAGUCCCGGGAUGCUGACCGCACCCUCAAGCGACUGCAGCUCCAGAUGGACAACCUGGAGUCCCGUGUGGCCCUGGAGUGCAAAGAAGCCUUUGCAGAGCUGCAGACAGACAUCCAUGAGCUGACCAGUGACCUGGAUGGUGCCGGGAUUCCUUUCCUUGAUUAUCGCACAUAUGCCAUGCGGGUACUCUUCCCUGGCAUCGAAGACCACCCUGUGCUCAAGGAGAUGGAGGUGCAGGCCAAUGUGGAGAAGUCGCUCACGCUCUUUGGCCAGCUGCUAACCAAGAAGCACUUCCUGCUGACCUUCAUCCGCACGCUAGAGGCCCAGCGCAGCUUCUCCAUGCGUGACCGUGGCAACGUGGCCUCGCUCAUCAUGACGGCCCUGCAGGGUGAGAUGGAGUACGCCACAGGAGUGCUGAAGCAGCUGCUGUCCGACCUCAUAGAGAAGAACCUGGAGAGCAAGAAUCACCCUAAGCUGCUGCUGCGGCGGACUGAAUCGGUAGCAGAGAAGAUGCUGACCAACUGGUUCACGUUCCUCUUAUACAAGUUCCUCAAGGAGUGUGCAGGAGAACCACUCUUCAUGCUGUACUGUGCCAUCAAGCAGCAGAUGGAAAAGGGCCCCAUUGACGCCAUCACGGGUGAGGCGCGCUAUUCCCUGAGCGAGGACAAGCUCAUUCGGCAGCAGAUUGACUACAAGAUGCUGACCCUCAACUGUGUGAACCCUGAGAAUGAGAAUGCACCUGAGGUGCCCGUGAAGGGGCUGAACUGUGACACUGUGACACAGGUCAAAGAGAAGCUUCUGGAUGCUGUGUACAAGGGUGUGCCCUACUCGCAGCGACCCAAGGCUGGGGACAUGGAUUUGGAGUGGCGCCAGGGCCGCAUGGCACGCAUCAUCCUGCAGGACGAAGAUGUCACCACCAAGAUUGACAAUGACUGGAAGAGGCUGAACACGCUGGCCCACUAUCAGGUGACGGAUGGCUCAUCAGUGGCAUUGGUGCCAAAGCAGACUUCUGCAUACAACAUCUCUAACUCUUCCACCUUCACCAAGUCCCUCAGCAGAUAUGAGAGCAUGCUGCGUACAGCCAGCAGCCCUGACAGCCUGCGCUCACGCACACCCAUGAUUACGCCUGACCUGGAGAGUGGUACCAAGCUGUGGCACUUGGUAAAGAACCAUGACCACCUGGACCAGCGUGAGGGUGACCGUGGCAGCAAAAUGGUCUCGGAGAUCUACCUGACACGGCUGCUCGCCACCAAGGGGACGCUACAAAAGUUCGUGGACGACCUGUUUGAGACCAUCUUCAGCACAGCGCACCGUGGCUCGGCCCUGCCAUUGGCCAUCAAGUACAUGUUCGACUUCCUGGAUGAGCAGGCUGACAAGCAUCAGAUCCAUGAUGCUGACGUUCGCCACACCUGGAAAAGCAACUGCCUGCCCCUGCGCUUCUGGGUGAAUGUUAUCAAGAACCCACAGUUCGUGUUCGACAUCCACAAGAACAGCAUCACGGACGCCUGCCUGUCGGUGGUGGCCCAGACCUUCAUGGACUCCUGCUCCACAUCGGAGCACAAACUGGGCAAGGACUCGCCCUCCAACAAGCUGCUCUAUGCCAAGGACAUCCCCAACUACAAGAGCUGGGUGGAGAGGUACUAUGCCGACAUUGCCAAGAUGCCCGCCAUUAGCGACCAAGACAUGAGCGCCUACCUGGCCGAGCAGUCCCGGCUGCACCUGAGCCAGUUCAACAGCAUGAGUGCCCUGCACGAGAUCUACUCCUAUAUCGCCAAGUACAAGGACGAGAUCCUGGUCGCGCUGGAGAAGGACGAGCAAGCGCGGCGGCAGCGGCUGCGGAGCAAGCUGGAGCAGGUGGUGGACACGAUGGCCCUGAGCAGCUGAGCCCUGGCAGUGACACCAGCAGAAGGCAGAGCCGGAGGCCAGCAGAAGGGACCCCAGCAGACAGCCUUGGCCCACCUGAGCAGAGUACUGGGCACCAGGGCUGCAGCCCGUGUCCUGGCCCUCCCCUUCAUCUCUUUGUGUGGUGGGUCACUUGGUUUUAUUGCUGCGAUGUGCUGGCUCCUGCCGAGCCACCUCAGUUCCCUGGGCUUCCUGCUUGGGGCUAGGAGAGCAUAGCAUAGUUUGUCCUGUCCAGGACUUUUGCUGCUUGGCAAGAGCUGCUGGUGGCCUUUAUGGGAGAAUGAAGUGGCCUCUGAAGGGCUGAGACUGAAGGCCAGGGCCUCCAGAGGGAGGGGCAGCCAGCCUGGCCUGUCCCUGUGAGGCCAGAGUGAGUGGCUGGAUAUGCCUGCAGCUCCUGGCUUCCCUAGCACCUCCAGCAGGUAGAGUCUAAGGGUCUUGGCCCAGUCAGCAGCCAGAGAGGGGAAGAGAGGCAAAAUGGCCAGGCCUGGGUGCGAUGAGCCACAACCUGGGCCCAUCCCACCAGCCUCUCCGUCCAGUACCCUGUGCUCGCCACCUACUGCCGCCACCACCCUGAUUCACCGCGUGCUCUGCGCGGCCGAGGCCGGAGUGCUCUGUCCUCCUACAGGGAGAGGCCCCACUCCUCUCCUAUGGAGGGGCUAUAGACCUCGCUCCCAAGUGACUCAUGGAUGGACUAGGCGACCCCUCUCUGUCCUCAGGGCUGUGCCUCUGGGAGCUUCCAGGCCUGGGGCUCCGUGUCACAGGGGGCAUGUUCCCAUUAUUUAUUCCCCACCUCCUACUCCCGUCUUAGGCCUGCAGCUGCCCGCAAGGGUGAGCUGUUUUCCCACAGUGGAGCUCCAGGGACAGCCAGCCAUCUCCUCUGCCCUCCCUGCCCCCGACACCCCCCAGUGGCUUCCAGCCUGACAUCUCAGCAUCCUGGUCCCUCUAGAAUGGUGGGGCACCCAGGGACUGCUUUGAAGGGAACAAGAAGUCCUGCUGCACUCUGCUGGGGGGCAGGGCCCCUCUGCCACCCUCCUGGCUGUGGACAGACCUGAGGAACUGGAGGGCAGCUGUGUCUACCUUUGCCCUCGGUGAGCAAGAGAACACAUUUUUAAUGGACCCUGUACAUAUAUAUGUAUGUAUGUAUAUAUAUAUAUAUGUGUGGCCCCAGUCCCAGUGGGGUGCUGUACAGUUACCCAAGGGAGAGACGAGGGAAGGCGGUUCAGGAGAAAACCCAGGCAGCAGAAGAGCAAAGCCAGAGGGUCCUGGAUCCAGUGCCUGACUGGUGGCCGCCCUCUGCUUCCCACUGAAGGAGCCACUGCCGCCCAGGGCUUCUGGGUGUGUAGGGCUGUGGAUCUGCAUGACUGUGCUAGCGUUUAGUCUGAGUUGAACUUUUCAAACUGCAAGUGUUGAAUACUAGAGGUGGUUAGACCCUUUUUUUAUGUUUUUUAAAUUAACCUGUCCCUUGGAAAAGCAAAUGAAUGGCCCAUCCCCUUUUCAAGUUCACUUUUUCAAUGGUACUAAAGAUUCUAAUGGACCUUAAGGGACAGCUAACUGUGGCCAAGCCCAGCCUCAGUGCCAGGGACAGCAUAUCCAUGCUCACAGGCUGCUGGCCUUGAAGUCCCUCCCCUCUAAGUAUUGUGAGCCAGAUGGGACAUGGUAGAGGUCAGAUUAGAGUUGUGCCCACGGGUCUCUGGGGCUGAUGAACUGACUCAGGGAGCCCCUUCCUCAUGGACACACCACGGGGCUUGGGCACCCUAGCCAGCCCCGGCCUUGCCCAUGUGGCUCAUUCCCAGAGCCAACACAGCCCAGGGCUGAGGCCAAUCAGUCUGGAUAUACCUGUUUCUUGGUAGCCCCUGGUGUUGCCUAGGAUUUCUAUCUCUGGGCAUAUUCCCCCCCCCUCACCAAUUUCUCUGGGCCAUGCCUGGGUAGGAGCCUCAGUUUCCCCCAAAGUCUUCCCUGGAUGCUGGCUUCAAAUGGAAGCCCCUAGUUCUUCCAGUUCUGCCUGGGCCACACAGCAGCUUUUCGGCCUGACUGCCUUCACAGUCCAGCCCCACAUGCCCUGCCCAUGGCCUCCAGGCGCCUGCAGACCAGCCUCUGCCCUGCCAGGCUACCUGGUCCUUGCAGGUGCCAUGGGUAGAGCUGGAGCACUGCAGGGUGUCUGUUCAUUAGCACUUUAGGGAUCUGUUUACACGCGAGCUGACGCCGUUUUUGGCACCGUCUACCUAGCAUAUGAGGCAGGCCUCCAGGCGUCACCUUCCUGCCAGUCCUGGACUUACAUUAGUUCUCAAGGGCCUUCCACCUCUGGCAUCCUGUGAGCUCAGUCCAUGCACCUGCCCUUGGCCUCCCUCCUGCCAGGGACUUUGCUCUGGCCUCAGUGUGGUCUGGGGUCCUGGGCCCUGGCCAAAACUGAGGUUGGAGCCCAUCAUGCACUGGAUGAUGGUGAGGUUUCCUAGACCCACAGAGCUGGUCAAGCGACACUCCAACUGGCCUGGCACCGACAGUGUUAGCAUUGCCGUCCUGCCUUGGGCCCCAUUCCUCAAGGCCCUUCCCACCUAUCUGGCAUGUCCUUCCCUACAUCCAGACUCAGGAGUGCCUAGGUGCCUGGCCUCCACAUGCCUUGGGCUUGCCCUGUGCUCCCAGACUGCCCUGCCUUUCCCGUAGCCAGAGGGACCUUGUUGGAUGGUAGGUACCUGAGGUUCCCCAAGAGGCACAGCAUUGAGUCCAAGGCAUGGGCCAGCAGCCUCUUUGCACAGAUGAGCCCAUUCACCACCUCCACCCUGGUCCCCCAGGCACGGGCCAGCAGUAUCUGCUUAGGGCUCAGCCACUACCCACCCCAGUCCCCAGUCUUGGAUCUGGUGGCUCAUGUCGGUGCUACCCAAGCUAGAGUAGAUAUAUUUAGAGAAAGAGAUAUUUUUAAGAUGAAGCCCACAAUUAGCUGUCCUUUAAUGCCACAAAAAACCCCCUCCCAAAAGAACGGUCCCUUGGAUGGUCUGAGCUGACUGAGCCUGGUCAUUGCUUCUCAGGAAGCAGCAGGGCAGAUGUGCUCAGCCCUCAGAUGUGUAAAUACACGGCUAUUUCCUAUUUUACGGUUCUUCAGAUUUAGUACUUGUAAAUAAACACAUUAAGGAGAGAGUAAACAUUUUUGCUAAA